CAGCAAUCCCUCAGAGAGGAAAGCAACAAAUUUCUCCUCCGAAAGAAACAACUUUCGAAAACCAUGUCCGACCCCUCUUCUUCUUCUUCUUCCACGCCCUCCUCCUCCAUCCGUCUGCACUCGAAGCUCCGGUUCUUCGCCCUCGUCCGUCGCUUCUUGCGAUCCAAGGCUUCCCACAAUGGGAAGUCCAGACCUUCUGAUCAUAAAUCGGCCGUGAAGAGUACGGAAUUAGGAGCUGGUCCGGGGAAAGGGUCGACGGAAGUGGGGGGAUUUGAAGAAAUUGAUGAUUGCUUGGAUUUGCAGAGGUCGGUGAAGAAGCUUCACUUCGGGAGCUGGGAAGAGAAGGAAGCGGCUGCGGUGGAUAUUGGGAGGUUGGCUAGUAAGGAGGAUGUCAAGACGAGGAAAUCGAUCGCCGAGCUUGGAGUGAUUCCAGUGCUGGUAGAGAUGAUGGGUUCCGGAGCUGUUUCCCGCCGGCGAGCCGCCGUCACGGCUUUGAUCGAGCUGGCCAACGGCACUUUCACGAACAAGGCUCUAAUGCUAGAAGCAGGGAUCCUGUCAAAAUUCCCCGCACCGGAAGAACAAGAAUCAACCCUUCUUCUCAACGAAUUCGCCGAACUAAUCCUUUCACUAUCUUCCUUACCAAACCCCCAAUUCCAAUUUUCCCUAACGAGAAUCCUCCCGUUCAUCCUGAAAACCCUAGAAUCACCAACUUCCACCGCCGACGCCGCUGCCAAGCAAUCCUGCUUAUCAGCUCUGUUCAACCUCUCCGCUGCUCUUGAAACGGCGUCGCUCCUAUCAUCAAACGGCGCCGUUUCCGCCCUCCUCACGCUGAUUUCGACAAAGCCCUUCGCCGAGAAGGCGCUGGCGACGCUGGGGCAAAUGGUGGUGACGGCGAGCGGGAAGAAGGCGAUGGAGGACAGCUCAGCAGUGCCGGAAGGGCUAAUCGAGGUGCUGACGUGGGACGACAGGCCCAAGUGUCAGGAGCUGUCGGCCUACGUGCUGAUGAUCCUGGCGUACCAGAGCUCGGCCCAGCGGGAGAAAAUGGCCCAGUGCGGGAUCGUGGCGGCCCUUCUCGAGCUGGCCCUUUUGGGGACCCCGCUGGCCCAGAAGCGGGCGUUGAAGCUUCUGCAGUGGUUUAAGGACGAGAGGGAGGCGAAGAUGGGCCCGCAUUCUGGGCCGCAGAUGGGGAGGAGGCUGGCGAUUGGGUCGCCGAUUAACCCGAGGGAGGCCCAGGAAGGAAGGAGGCUGAUUAAGGAUUUGGUGAAGCAGAGUUUGAACAAGAACAUGGAGAUGAUCACGAGGAGGGCGAAUAACGUUGGGGGUGGUUCUUCCAAGCUCAAGAACUUGGUUGUUAGCACGAGUUCUAAGAGCUUGCCUUACUGAGCGGAAAACGACGCCGUUCCAUUUGUAAAGUAAUCAGGAGAAGAAGAGAGACACUUCUCUUUUCUCUUCUUUGGUAGUGCAUUGGAUGCUACAUUUGGCUUUUUGUAGCUAGAGUUGGAUUUUGAAUUGUUUCAGGCUCCCCAUGCAGAGAGGAGGAAACUUUCCGGGAAAACAAAAAAAACAAAAAAGAGCAAGGAAUUGACGGUGUAAAUGGAUUACUAUUUAUUGUUUCUCGUUUCGAGUAUUUAAUAAUUUUGUUCUGCCAAUAUGGAGAGCUACGAGUCAUAUCGAAG